AGGGUGCAGAGCCGGGCCAGCUGCGGGCCAGGGCAGGGAGCGGACGCCCAGCCAGAAUUGGGAGCACCUCGGCUGGCUCUGACCUGAGCGCCAGCGCAGCGCCAUAAAUUGCCCAGGCCGCGGCCGAGCAAAAGCUUCUUGCAGCAAGGCAGGGGCAAGACCGCAAAAUGAGGCCCCGCUAGACCGCAACCAGCACGCCAUCGCCGCGACAAGUAAAGAAUGGCCGACGAAACACAAUGGACGGAACGCCACCGCGGCCUCGACCCGUCCAGUACGAGCUUCGUGCCUUCCCAACGUGCGCACCACGCGGAGUGGCUGUCUAGCGAGGGCCGGAACCCGGACUCGGCGAGCUUCGUGCCGCGCCGACGGCACGUGCCUACUACGCAGCCACCAGCGAGAUCUAGAGCAUCGCGACCUCGAAGAGGGAGCGCGGGGGCGGCGUUCCGAGCGGCCGAGCGAGCUGUCAGUACGCCUCGCGUCGUGCGCACUCGAUCUGAUCUACUAGCUGCGUUGGCGGCGAACGGCGCCGACGCGUUUCGGGUGAAAGUGCAUGUGGGAGGAUGUGCUUGCGAACGGGCCGCGGCCUUUCGGGAGACUUGUGGGGAUGGGAUGCUGGCGAUACCUGAUAGUCGAGGCGCUAGAGCAGCUCUACGAGUAGCGGAAGCGGAAGGCGACACGCGGCACUCCCUCGAGGCAAGACUCAAAAAUUUACUCUUUCCCGACGUGCCGGUAGAUGGAGUUAUCUUACGAGUGUCCUGUGCGGCCUGCUUACUAGAAUCGAUGCCGAACGGCGCCGUGGCCUUCAUCGCCGAUUCCGAAGAGGAGGCGUUAUGUGAGAUGGAGCCAAGAAAAGCGCGAUCCGGAGAGAUGCCGUCAUUCGUCGUGGCGGCGCCCAUCUCACUACUCAGAAGAGCUUUCAGCCCUCUACAAGGAGCUGCACGAUAUAAUAAAGCAGAGGAGCAGCGCGGCGCCAAGCAGGCGCGGGCGUCGCUAUGCGCCUUCCUCGGGGAUCAGGAGCGCGCCAUGCUCACCGUGACCGCCGACGAAUUGAAGGCAGACCACCACUUGAACGCUUUUUUAGAUAACAACCAAGCUCGCAUGGAUCAAAGACAACAACAUGUCCCUGGCUCUCGUUUCUUGGUGUUGUUGGCUUCCAAGGUUCAAAAGCGGUGGCGUCUGGAACUGCCCGGCGGCAAGCGUCGGUUAGGAGAGUCGUCGUGGGAUGCGGCCAGGAGAGAGUUGCGCGACGAGGCCGGCUGCCGGUUGGCUACCGCUACCUUAUCGGAGGUCAUCGACUUCGCGACGAUGCGCUGCUUUAUUGUUGAUUCAGGUGAUGCAAAACGCGCGUCGGAAGCGGCGGCCGUCGCGGCUGCAGUGCCGCCACCUCCACCAUUAAUGCCCGACGAGAUUUUAGAUCUGGAGGCUAUACUCGUGAAGCGCGGCGCGGCGCUGGAAACAGCGCGCGCCGACAUGGCUUCAAUGAACCCGGACCGCGCGCGUCGCCUGCUCCGCGACGACCGGUACGGGCCGCCGACCGCAGACAUGUCGCAGCUCGAAUUGCCUGUAGAAGGCACCUGAACAUGCGCUUGGACAAGCCGCUGUAUUCCUUCGUUCGCUUUAUAAUCCACUAACUUAGUAACCACGGA